AUGUCUUACGAUCCUCGAACCACGGAUGAGGCAUCGCCGAAUGCCACCUUUUCCACGGUUCCUCAACCUGCAACCGGUGCAACGGGCAUUCCUGGUGCGUUCUUUCCUCCACUCCCCGAUUCACUGGUUGACACUUCCUCCUUCCUUCUCCCCCGUUUAUCCCAAAACUAACUUGAGGAUUUGCCUUUUAAAACGGCAGCGAAUCCGACACCCCCGCCCCCAACGAUUCACAAAAGGACCUACCAGGCCUGUAUUCCCUGCCGGCAGAGAAAGGUUCGCUGCGACCUCGGCUCCGUGGAAGCCCCGCACGACCCGCCCUGCGUCCGCUGCCGUCGCGAAUCCAAAGAGUGCUACUUCUCCGCUACGAGACGCAAGACGAGGACCCCUAGUGCGGACGAGGUUGGAAUCGGUCGCGGCCGCGGCACCAUCCGCGGCGUGGUCAGGAAACACGAGGAUGAUGAGGAAGUGCUCUCACCGAUCAAACGCUCCCGCUCAAUUGGCCACGGGGAAUUCGCGAAUUCCCCAUCCUAUUCACCCGGCUUUGCGGGAAAGCCCUUCGUCACGCCCAUCGAUCCGCGGCUCGCGGAGCGAGAUGGGGAUGUCGACAGCAGGGACGGGGACACGGCAACGGCCGCUGAAACUCUGCUCCAGACGCCCGUUUGCAAUUCGCACGAGGCGCUGUUGACACUUAUUGAGGCAGCGGGGAGGGAUGCGCCGUUGUCCACUGGCGGGAAAUCUCCCAGCGAUUCGGAUGGGGAAGGUGAGAAGGAUGUCGGUGUCGGCAGGUCGCCAACCACACGGAAUGGGGUUGGAGUUCGGUUCUCCUCGGCGGACGAUAAUAGUUUCUCCCCGUAUUCUCGCAGGCGGGUGGGAAGCAAUUCCACCACUUCUCCCGGAAUGCAGGUUGCCCGACCAGGGACCGCCGGGGGUCUGAGCAUCAGCACCGUUCACGAGGAUAAGGAUGGGCUGGAAAAGGCUAUUCGGGCAUGGAAAAAGUUUCGGUUUGUCAGGGCGGGCUGGUUCACCGCCAGGGAGGCAAUUCAAUAUGUUGAAUAGUAAUCCCCCACUUUUUUCACCCCGAAUCGAGACACAUGUACACUUUUUCUGACCUGAGCGAUAAGCUUCUACAAACAUCUACACCCGUUGUCGCCGACCCUAACCUCGCCCUCCCUGCAAUACAUCUCCCACCCUAGUCACCAUCCCUCACUCCUUCGCUUAGAACCCUUCCUGACGACCAUCAUCCUUCUGAUAACAUCACGGUACGUGGUCCUCCCGGGCCCAGGGGGUCAAUCAAGAUCGUCUGCGAUUCACGACCAACUAUGGCGCGAAGUGCGCGGCGGAUGCGAAGGGCUCAUGUGGGGCGGCGGCUGGGGCAGUCUUGGCACGCCGGGCAGCAGCAACUACUCGGGCGCACGCAGCGCAAAAGUGGCGCGCGGACUGCGCACACUAGGGACGGUGGAAGGCUUGUUGAUACUCACGGAAUGGCACGUACGCGGGCUCCACUUCCCAAUGGACGUGGAAGAGGGCGACUGGAUGGUGGAUUCAUCCGACAGCGAGGAGUGCGAGACUUCGCACACCCGAAGGAAAGCACGCAGGGGUGGAGGCGUGGUGGAAGGCUUGAGCGACCGCAUCGAAAACAUACUAGAGCCGGCAUAUCGCAGUGACCGGAUGAGUUGGAUGUUGCUGGGCAACGCCCUGGCGCUGGCGUACGAGCUCGGCGUCUUCGACGAGAUAGACGAGCCGGCCUCUACUACCCCCGCGCACCUCCCCUCCAUAGAGCCACCCCCGCCGGACACGGGCUACCGUCUCCGCUUCCAGAGGAUCCAGAAGCUUCUCCUCGUCUAUGUCCUCCAGCUCGCCUCGCGCCUCGGCUGGACGAGCAUGAUCCCGCGACACAUCACCCAAUCCGUCCGACAUAACCUCAACUCCGCCGGCGCUUCCCCGGACAGCGUGGCCAUGACUGGCCGGUGGGAUAGCCAGGAUGAACUCCAGGACGUGAUCUUCCACAGCUGGGUUGACCUAACAAUGCUGAUGAAGUCCUCGGCGGAAAAGCUCUUCCCCUCGCGCCGGGAGACCAAGAACAUCAUGCGGACGGGCCGCUACGUGGAGCUCCUAGAGCACUUCCAGCCCAGGCUGAGGGACUGGAAGCGCGACUUCGACGCCCUCAACCUCCCGAGCCCAAUCCACCACAUCCUCAGCAUGGAGUACGAGCACGUACGGUUUUACAUUAACUCCCUCGCCCUCCAGGCGGUCGUGGACCGGUGCACAGUGAAUAACAGCACGAAAACCGCAAUGACGCAGGUGAAUACGAAGGACGUAGCUUUCAUAAAGGAAGUCGUCGACGCUUCCCGCGCUCUGCUAUCCUGCGUCGUGAACGAGAUGAGCCCUGGAGGAUACCUCAAGCAUGCACCGGUACGGAUCUACCUACGGAUUCUGGGCGCGAGCAUGUUCCUACUAAAGACUCUCGCGCUCGGCGCGAAGCAGGAGGAUGUCACGACUAGCAUGGAUCUCAUCCAUUAUACAAUAAUCGCGCUCCGCGCCGCCAGCAUCGACGAUGUGCACCUUGCGCUACGCUUCGCGGAUUUGCUAGAGACAUUGACGAACCGUAUCAAGGACCGGUUCGUCAGGAUUAAUCCCAACAACGCAACUACUAAUGCUACUACCGGUACAUCCGCGAAUACGCCCCCACCGCAGGCUGCGUCGCCAAGGGUAGGGGUUGGGGCGCCCCCGCCUCCGGCUCCUGGCAUGCUGCAGGCCGACGUGUCCGGGGGAGGGUAUGAUUGCGUUGGAGCGGAGAUACAGGAUACUGAGUUCAUGCUCCAUGGGUAUGACGAUUGGCUGGCGCUCCCGAUCGAUCCUAUUAUUGGCGCCGGGUUCGAUGCCGGCGUUACGCAGAGUCAGAUG